GCGCGCGUCACGGGGGCGGUGUAAGCUAGCUGUCCCGGCGAGGUUGGGAAUCUCCUGGGGUCUGCGAAAGGGAGCCUGUGGGGUGCAGGACUGCACCAGAUUCAAGAGGGAGGGCUUCCCGGUCUUCUGGCUCUAUAAGGCGAGAGCGGGAAGAUCCUUAGAAUUAUACGGAGAGACGUGGGCGGCAGAUCCCCAGGAUCUGUCAGAUCCCUGACGAGGCUGGGGAGUCGCAAAUUCCACUCCGGGGCGACGGGGAUCCCUGGAGGGAAGCCCUGUUGUGAUUCCCGGGCCCCGCACUAGGAGCUCAGAAGCAGGGCGCCAUGGCGUCCAUCCUGGAUGAGUACGAGGAUUCGCUGUCCCGCUCGGCCGUCCUGCAGCCCGGCUGUCCCAGCGUGGGCAUCCCCCACUCGGGGUAUGUGAAUGCCCAGCUGGAGAAGGAGGUGCCUAUUUUCACAAAGCAGCGCAUUGACUUUACCCCUGCUGAGUGCAUCACAAGUCUUGUUGUCUCCUGCAGUCAGCUCUGCAUGAGCCUGGGCAAGGAUACACUGUUCCGCAUUGACUUGGGCAAGACAAACGAACCCAACCAUAUGGAUCUGGGGCGUAAGGAUGAUGCCAAAGUUCACAAGAUGUUCCUGGACCAUACUGGCUCUCACCUGCUGAUUGCCCUGAGCAACACUGAAGUCCUCUACAUGAACCGUAACGGACAGAAGGCACGGCCACUAGCCCGCUGGAAGGGGCAGCUGGUGGAGAGUGUGGGUUGGAACAAGGCCCUGGGCACCGAGAGCAGCACAGGCCCCAUCCUGGUUGGCACUGCCCAAGGCCAGAUCUUCGAAGCAGAGCUCUCAGCCAGCGAGGGUGGGCUUUUCGGCCCUGCCCCAGAUCUCUAUUUCCGACCAUUGUACGUGCUAAAUGAAGAAGGGGGUCCAGCGCCUGUGUGUUCCCUUGAGGCUGAGCGGGGCCCUGAUGGGCGUGGCUUUGUUAUUGCCACCACCCGGCAGCGCCUCUUCCAGUUCCUAGGCCGAGCCGCAGAGGGGGCUGAGGCCCAGGGCUUCUCAGGCCUCUUUGCUGCCUAUACCGACCACCCACCCCCAUUCCGUGAGUUUCCCAGCAACCUGGGCUACAGCGAGUUGGCCUUGUAUACCCCUAAGUUGCGCUCUGCACCCCGGGCCUUUGCCUGGAUGAUGGGGGAUGGUGUGCUGUAUGGUGCCUUGGAUUGUGGGCGUCCUGACUCCCUGCUUAGUGAGGAACGAGUCUGGGAGUAUCCGGAGGGAGUAGGCCCUGGGGCCAGCCCACCCCUGGCCAUCGUCCUGACCCAGUUCCACUUCCUGCUGCUGCUGGCGGACCGGGUGGAGGCGGUGUGCACACUGACGGGGCAGGUGGUGCUGCGGGAUCACUACCUGGAGAAGUUUGGGCCGCUGAAGCACAUGGUGAAAGACUCCUCCACGGGCCAGCUCUGGGCCUACACUGAGCGGGCUGUCUUCCGCUACCAUGUGCAGCGGGAGGCCCGGGAUGUCUGGCGCACCUAUCUGGACAUGAACCGCUUUGACCUGGCCAAAGAGUACUGUCGAGAGCGGCCUGACUGCCUGGACACAGUCCUUGCCCGGGAGGCAGAUUUCUGCUUUCGCCAGCGCCGAUACCUGGAGAGUGCCCGCUGUUACGCCCUCACCCAGAGCUACUUUGAGGAGAUCGCCCUCAAGUUCUUAGAGGCCCGGCAGGAGGAGGCUCUGGCUGAGUUCCUCCAGCGAAAACUGGCCAGUUUAAAGUCAACUGAGCGUACGCAGGCCACACUGCUCACCACCUGGCUGACGGAGCUCUACCUUAGCCGGCUCGGGGCUCUGCAGGGCGACCCGGAGGCUCUGAACCUCUACCGGGAAACCCGGGAGCGCUUCCGUGCCUUCCUUAGCAGCCCCCGCCACAAGGAGUGGCUCUUUGCCAGCCGUGCCUCCAUCCACGAGCUGCUCGCCAGCCACGGGGACACCGAGCACAUGGUGUACUUUGCUGUGAUCAUGCAGGACUACGAGCGGGUGGUGGCGUACCACUGCCAGCACGAGGCCUACGAGGAGGCCCUGGCCGUGCUCGCCCGCCACCGCGACCCCCAGCUCUUCUACAAGUUCUCACCCGUCCUCAUCCGUCACAUUCCCCGCCAGCUGGUGGACGCCUGGAUUGAGCUGGGCAGCCGGCUGGAUGCCCGGCAGCUCAUCCCCGCCCUGGUGAACUAUAGCCAGGGUGGUGAGGCCCAGCAGGUGAGCCAGGCCAUCCGCUACAUGGAGUUCUGCGUGAACGUGCUGGGUGAGACCGAGCAGGCCAUCCACAACUACCUGCUGUCACUGUAUGCCCGCGGCCAGCCAGCCUCGCUGCUGGCCUACCUCGAGCAAGCAGGGGCCAGCCCGCACCGGGUGCAUUAUGACCUCAAGUACGCACUGCGGCUCUGUGCUGAGCACGGCCAUCAUCGCGCUUGCGUCCACGUCUACAAGGUCUUGGAGCUGUAUGAGGAGGCUGUGGACCUGGCCCUGCAGGUGGAUGUGGACCUGGCCAAGCAGUGUGCGGACUUGCCCGAGGAGGAUGAGGAGCUGCGCAAGAAGCUGUGGCUGAAGAUCGCACGGCACGUGGUGCAGGAGGAAGAAGAUGUGCAGACGGCCAUGGCCUGCCUGGCCAGCUGCCCCCUGCUCAAGAUCGAGGAUGUGCUGCCCUUCUUUCCCGACUUCGUCACUAUUGACCAUUUCAAGGAGGCAAUCUGCAGCUCGCUUAAGGCCUACAACCACCACAUCCAGGAGCUGCAGCAGGAGAUGGAAGAAGCCACAGCCAGUGCCCAGCGCAUCCGGCGAGACCUGCAGGAGCUGCGGGGCCGCUACGGUAUCGUGGAGCCCCAGGACAAGUGUGCCGCCUGUGACUUCCCCCUGCUCAACCGCCCUUUCUACCUGUUCCUCUGUGGUCAUAUGUUCCAUGCUGACUGCCUGCUGCAGGCCGUGCGACCUGGCCUGCCUGCCUACAAGCAGGCCCGGCUGGAGGAGCUACAGCGAAAGCUGGGGGCUGCUCCACCCCCCACCAAGGGCACCACCCGGGGAAAGGAGGCCGAGGGAGGGGCUGGGGCUGGGGGACCCAGCCGGGAGCAGCUCAAAGCUGACUUAGAUGAGCUGGUGGCUGCUGAGUGUGUGUACUGCGGGGAGCUGAUGAUCCGCUCGAUCGAUCGGCCCUUCAUUGACCCCCAGCGCUACGAGGAGGAGCACAUCAGUUGGCUGUAGGAAGGUGCUGCUGCCCCUGAUAGGUGAGCAGGCAGGCGGGGACAGCUAUAGGAGCACAUCAGUUGGCUGUAGGAAGGUGCUGCUGCCCCUGAUAGGUGAGCAGGCAGGCGGGGACAGCUAUUUGCCCCCUGUUGGGAAGGCCACAGCCUAGUCUUUGCUCAGUCAUCUUGAGACUACCGGGUGUGACCAUGUCGGUGAGUGGAAUUACAGCUGCUGCCCGUGAAGUGUCAGCUGAGCGCAAUCUGCCAGCUUCUCGUGCUGUUCUUCAGACCUGCCUUAGAGCCACUGUACCCAGGCCAUCAGCCUGUCCACAGCAGGUGGCCUUAGCCUGGAGAAGUCAGAAGUCUGACCCCAUUACUGUCCCCUCUUGCAUGUAACAGCUCUUUUGUCCUUUUCACUCCCCACGCAUACCCUCCUCACUUUCUAGAACGAGAGUUUCAUUCUUCCUUCUUUUCACUCUGUGGCCUCUGGACCUCUAGCUCUCCUCCCACAGAGGAAGCCCUUUCUUCUGUCUCUCUCUAGGUUCCGGGAAAGGUGUGCAGGUGGUGGGUGUGCUCCUGUGCUCUGUGUCUGGGGAUCAGGAAGAGGGGUGCCCUAGGGCAGAGGGCCUCAGGAGGACGGUGGGAGGUGGCAGGGGCUGGGGGAGAACAUUAAAUGUCUGCACUGCACUGGUGGCUCUGGAGUUGAUGGCUUUGUUGACGCUGGGCUGAGCGGUGUGUGCGUGACCUCCAGGAGGGACUGGGGUGCCUCAGGGAGGCUGCAAGGGCUCUGCCUGCCCUCCGGCUUUGGCCCUCGGUCCUUCACCCAAAGACAAGACAGAAUGGUUUUACCAUAUUCUGCUCACUUCCUUGUCCCCGGACUCCGUCCUACAGGAGGAAUUACGGUUUCCAUCCUGAGUCAGGGAGCCAGGAUGUACUUCCCUAUGGCCAGCAGGUGGUGCUGCUCCCCCACGGAAUCGUCAGCAGUUAGGCAGCUGGGGCACUGCUUGCUAGUCUUUUUCAUCUUUCCCCUCCCUGGUUGUCCCAAGGAUUUUCUGGGAGUCUCCACUGCCUAAACAUGAUUCUAAGCUCCUCAUUCUUCUUCCCCCCAUUGGCCUUUAAGCAUGCUGUAUUUUGCUUGCCCCUUUCUUUGCUAGCCUGGGUUACUGCUCAGUUCUGUCUAGCUUUGAUAUAGCCCUGCCACUUCCUGGCAUUUAACCCUAAUGCUGAGGCCUAGCAUGGAGAUUUCCCCCACCCCCUCCUCUCUAGAUUACAUUUCUUUAGUAGGUUCCUGGAGACCAAGUCUAGGGAGGCCUGGAAUUGGUCCUUCCCAUGGCUUCAGCUCAGCACCCUUUGCCCCGUGGACUGGUGCUCACAGUGCACUGCUGGGCUCUAUGGGUGUGGUCUACCAGCUGGCCCAGAUAGACACAAAAUAACAGUGAGUGUUCCAGGAAUCAGGCCAAGACAAGACCCACCUGGCUGGUGGCUCCAGGUUUCUCUCUUCCAGCCUGAUCCUCUUCCAAGACUUUAUCUCCUGCCAUUCUGGUUGAAUCUUACCCUGCCAAGUUCCCCCAACCAGUAGAACCACAGGGUCUCUUCAUGGCCUCUGCCAACUGAGGGAGCCUGGAAGCAGCCCUUCCUUGAUGGGCCUCAGACUUCCCGUCUUCUCCCAGAAGCAAGGAUGGAAGCAAAUGUGAGGGUGUGGAGUCCCAUUGGGUAGAGGACACCCCACUCUUCUAUUCAGUUUCCACUGUUCCAGGAAGAUUCAGAGCACUCCAGCUCCCUUUUUCUCCCCAUGUCCCCUUAAACCUAGACAUGCCCAAGGCCCGUGUUCUCAUUGCCAGUGAGCAGUAGGUGUAGGACCUUGGUUUGCCACAGGGGAGGUCACUUGCUUACUUAGAUUAAAAAGCUUGGGGCUUCUGUCUGUGCAUAUAAUGGGUGCUUAAUACAUGUUAGUUAAACAAACAAUGCCCUCUGGCUCCCUCCUUGAGGGCUUGACUAAGGCAGCCUGGGGGCCACUGCCCCUUUUGUCCUCUCCUAAGACAGCCCAUCUGGUCCUAGGCCUCUUUCCUGGAAAAAGGCCCCAAGCUUCCCUGGCACCGACAGUGGGCUUCCGGUGAGUCAGGGCAGUGGGAAGCCACAGCUCUUAUAUCCCUGGAAACAGGGACUAGGCCUGGAAUAGAGGGGAGAGAAAAGGCCCUCAGGGCUUUGGCCCUGAGCCUGGGGGAGGAGGGCCAGAAGGAGUUGGGGUGGGGGAGCAGCUGCUCAGGCCAGGACCAAGAUGAAUGAGCUGCUUCUGGAGCCGUCACUGGAAAUAGGAGGAGUGGCCACAGGCAGUGACGCUGGGACCAGGGCAGGAGGCCUGUAAACAAGGAAGCCACCUGGGGGAGAUGCAGGGCGGCCACUGGUCGUGGGGAGCAGGUGCUUCCUGAGGCCCGCCCUUGAGAGGGCCCUGGGGGGAUGCCCUGCCCAGGCGGCAGCGGGCACCAGGGGGCGCUGUCGGUUGGCUUCCAGCAUCCACCCAAUCACAGCGCUAGUUCCUGGGGGCGUGGCCACUAGAGGGUGUGCCUGCCCUGUGCCCUGGGACCGGCUUGCCCGCCCUCGCUCCCUUCUGUCCCCAAGGCAGAGUGGCCAAGGGCACCCUCCCUGGCAGGGAGGGUGCAGGGCUCAGAGCCUGGCCAGCCAGGGUGUGAGCUCAUUCCCCCUCGGGAAUGCCAACUUUCGCAGUUCCUGCCCUCUCCCCCCAAGUCUCAGGUUGCGGGCCGGGGACUGGCAUCAACCCCAUUGGUUGGGAGGGGGCUCCGAGGCCAUCAGGCUCCAGGCUGCCCUUGGCGGUGCCCCCCUGGCGCCAGGGAAACAAAAGGUUAGGAUCCCAGAGGGAGUUAUCUGGCCCCACCACCACCGGGUGAGGGAGAGGGGAGGGGUCCGGGGGGGGCACACCUCUUUUCCACUCCCCUAGCUCUGCAGAUUCUUCGAGACACUUUCAGAGGCGGAAAUUCCCAGAGGUCAGAGGAGGGAAACAGUUAAUUCCUUUUAUUCAAUGGAUCCCCCCUACACACCUCCCCCCAACUUCCUCCCUCCACUUCCCGCCCCCCCCCUGUGUGAACAGGAAGUGGAGAGGAAAAGGCUCUGAGUAGAGCAGCUGGGAGCGGGAGGCAGGGAGUGGGCAGCAGGCUUGCUGCCAGCCCUGCCCCUCAUGGUGACUUGCUGGAGGGCCAGACUGCCUGUGGCCUGGGAAAGAACCUGCAGCCCCGUUGGCGAGUGGCAGCCGAGCUGGGAAGCAGUCCAGGGUCCGAGUCCCCACUCCACCUGCUCCCAGGUCAGGCUGCUGGCCUGAGGGUGCAAGGCAUCCUCUGCAGCCCCACCCGCACCGCCAGGCUGGGCAUCCUGGGGCUGGCAGGCAUCUCUUCAGGCGGCCGCUAGUUCUGGCACUGGUUCCAGCCACUCAGCCCCUUAGCCCUGCCAGUCCUUUGAAGCUCAUGCAGGGCUUCCUGUUUGGGGCGGGCAAUGCCAGGGCCCCUCCCCCACCAUUGUUCUGUAGCGACCAUAGGUCCAUCUGUUGCCUCAUGCUGGGGCCCCUGGGCAGUGCCACACGGGAGCAGCCCCACAAAGGACCCUGCUGGCAGCUUUGCUUGUGUGGGGUGCAGCUGGGCCCUGUGGCCGGCUGAGGGUGGAUGGUGGUCAGAGGCAGCCCAGGGUGGGCAGUAAGAAAGAGAGAAGAUGUUAAAUAGUUCUAGUUCUUGGGCAGCUGGAACCCUCCGCUUUCUCCUCUGCUUGGAGCACAAAGAUAAUGAUAUUCGGGGGGCUCUGCAUGCUGAAUUCCCCAGGGGAGGAACACCAUUCUUGGGCCCCGAUUCCAAAAGAGGGUACUGAAGCAGAGGGGCAAAUAUCAGUCUAAGAUGGCCAAUAAAAGGAGUGCAAGUCAAAUCUGAAUGCCCCAUGAUCAGAUGUUUUCCUCUCCCUGAGCAGCUUUGCCUUUUCUCAACUUUCGCCUUGAAGUAGCCCUCUUGAGCUGAAAGCAGUAAUGAACCAUACUACAAGGUCAUAGGAGGUUAGGGGUGGCCCUAGAUUGGUGGCCAGCAACCGAUGUGCACUGAGAACAAGUCCAAGCAGGCCUGGCAGUAAAAGGGAAAGGGGCUUUGGUCCAGCCCCCAGGGAGUGGGGUGCUGCUCCUGGUUCCCAGGCUGCUGUGGCCAAAGUUCUGUUUGUAUUUCCCAGGUGCAGAGGCAGGUGCCAUAUAUCUCUAGCUCACCUCUCCUGAUGUUACAGCUUUGUCCUGGGACCUGCUUCCUUCCUGGCUCCCCCACAGGACUAGAAGCCCAGACAAGGUCUGUGCCACCCCCCUCACCAGAUCCUGCAGCUUGUCUCCCCAGCCCGGCACCCAAACUGCCUUGAUCAUGACUUCGAGAUGAGCAGAGCUGAAGAGACUCCAGAUAGAGUUCAUAGAGUUCAUAGAGUCUGUGUAACACUUGUUCAAGUAAAAAUGUUCAUGAAUGUCCCAAAACCUAAAAUAGAUAUUCUGGGCUUCCCUGGAGGGAGCUGUUCA